AUGUCUCGAUCGGUAUCGCUUGGGGCGCGGAGUCCUAGUCGCAGAGAGUCCUCGCCACUUCAAACCUACUCCUACAAGUCAACCGCCGAAUUCGGCACCAUGGAUCACAAUGAGAUCAAUUGGAAGGAGGCUUUCCUGUUCUUCUACUGGGAUAUAGAGAAACACUGCCCAGAAGGAAUGAACCGCGUGAACGAGUUGAUCCAACACUUUCUGUUCCACAAGAAGCCUUCAGCGGUUGACGAUAUCCGCCCUCAGUCAUGGAACACAUUGUUGGCCCAUUUGAUGAGAGUCUUGCGGUGCCAUCUCGCUUCCAAUAUCUUGCCGGACAGCGACAACGAGUACGAAUGGCUGGACUCAGCCAACGUCAAGCCCGCAAGGCCGUAUGUCAACUGGAUCCGUCUCGCUCCGCAUUUCGCAGAGCAUUGGUCCGGCAAGGCCCCCGCAAUAGAAAUCCUCGCAGUCAUCAACCAUCUGGAGACCGUGGCCUACGGACCCCUGGAGUCGCGUCCGACCUGGAGCACCACCAUGCAGUCUGCGUGGCACGCGAAUCCAUUCUUGGUGGAUUUUCAACAGACCCAAGAGCUCCCGGUAGCAUGGAGCGUGCCUCUCGCUUUUGAUAUCGACGCCCGAUCGGAAGAGCUGAAGGGCAUCGAGAUUUUUCUCUGGGGCGUCGACGAUGCUUUAACCCAUGAGCUCGAUGGCACGCCGGAAGUAACCUUUGACUUCACUUUCGACAAUAAUCUGGGCUUUUCUGCUCUCAUAUGUCAAACACCUGACCCAUUCAGUCGUCGCACGCUGAACUUGGCGAAGAGGUUGUACACGGGGCUGCUUCUCUGGGUGGACGAAGUUCGCGAAACAGGCCGGAUCACAUCACUCUGUGUUACCCUGGAGAAGGAGUUGCACUUGUGGAAGGCCUUAGGUGAUACGAUGGAGGUCAACAAGGCGCUGUGGAAUGCCAUGCGCAAGUUUCGCCUGCGAGCCGUGCAGCGGAAACGGCAGAAUCAGAUGUCCAAGGAAGUCCCCUUGAAGUGUCCCCUACAGACUCCCGUUAAGCCUUCGGGAACGAUACAAAUCGAGACACCCACGAAUCCGAAUGAGAAGAUGGCCAUCAAGAGCGACUACACGCCAAGGACUCAGGGAAUUCAGAGAAAUACCACAUUCCAAGAAGUUUCAGUCGAAGAAGCGGUCGACAAAAAUCUGUGCCAGCCCGCCUUUAAGGGAACCAAAAGAAAACACAUAUUCGAGAAGGCUUCGAUCGGAAAGAAGGGGAAACGAAUACGGCGCCGUUCCCUAGAGUCAGACACCUCCGAGUACAUGCCGUCUGCGGACGAAUCCCUGUACUCGGGAUACUAG